AGCCUCUCAGGUUAAGUCGGAGUUCGUGGAGCGUCUCAACCAGUUCGCCCGAGGCAAGACUCAAGAGUAAGACGGAGGCUGAAGCCAAAGCCGAAGAGCGAGCCCAAAGGGUCAAGCACUACACUGAGGCAGAAACCGACUACCGGGCAGGCCUCAACGAUCAGAUGUUACGACUUGAGCUCGCGAACCCCGUCAGUCCAAGGACUGGGGUUCCGCUUGUUUCUGAUCACCGACUGAAGCAAGAGAUUGAGGCGGGGAGAUCCGUCUGGGUUGCCAGAAGAGCCCAAAGGGCACGAGAAAGAGCGGCUCAGCACCGACAGGAGGUCGACGCCUGGAGUCGAGCAGAGAAGGGACCAGGAACAGGACCCUUGUUGGAUGUUGAUCUUGCAGAAGCCGGUAAGGUGUUG